AUGGAGAACGAAGAACUCUUUGCGGGGGAGCCCGAUGUUGCUCCGAUGAGCGCCCGGGAGACUCGACCUGAAGAUGUGAAUGAAAACACGCCUCUAAUCGAUGAAGCCGAUGGGCUAUUGUACCGACAACAUCCCCACGUUACAGAUAAUCGGCCGAAAUGGAGGAGAGCGAGCAUUUGGUGGCUGCUCCCAUUUGGGCUCCUUUUUACCCUGGGCUUUGGUGGGAUGGCUGUGCCCAAGAUCAAUUUGAUCAUGUCGCUGAUCUGUCGAGAUUAUCUCGCCGAGAAGACCACCCAAGACCCCGGGUUCACCUAUCUGCCUGUCAUAUUUGGAGAGAACAACCCCCAGUGCCAGAUCCCACAAAUUCAGUCGCUGGUUGCCCAGUUCCAGCUCUAUCUCAAUCUUAUUGCCGGUAUCCUAUCAGCAUUAGUGAGUCCCCGGUUCGGACACUUAUCUGAUCGUCACGGGAGAACCAAGAUGAUCGCGCUGGGCGCGAUGGGCGCGGUACUCAAUGAGAUUAUCACUGUCAUUGUGGCUAAAUGGCCAGAUCGGGUCUCAGUCAAUAUGCUUCUGCUUGGAGCAGUCAUGGAUGGACUGGGUGGAUCAUUUACAACCGCACAGGCGUUAAUCCAUUCGUAUGCUUCUGAUUGCACGCCACCCGAAAAGCGAAGCGUGGCAUUUGGUUUGUUCCACGGUGCUCUGUUUUUCGGGAUUGCAGCUGGACCUGGCGGCGCGGCAUUUUUGAUCAAGCAUGGAGGCACGUUAAUUGUCUUCUACAUUGCGCUUGCAUUCCAUGCAACUUUCUGUCUAUCGAUUUUCUUCAUCGUGCCUGAAUCUUUGUCCAAGGACCGGCAGCUCGCGGCCCGCGAGAAGCAUCGCAUCAAAAGUGUGGAUGCUGACUCUCCUAAAUGGUACUCUUGGCGUGUCUGGAACCCAAUGAACCUGAUCACUCCGCUUGCAAUUCUGAUGCCCGCCGUUGGAAAACCAAGCGUCUUGUUCCCUAACCGACAUGGUGCCAGUCCGGCUCUACGCCGGAACAUCAUGCUGUUGGCUGCUAUCGAUACCGCUGUCUUUGGAGUUGCCAUGGGAACAGUGCAGGUCAUCAUCAUCUAUGCCGGGUACAUGUUCAACUGGGGAAGCGUGGAGUCCAGUCUGUUUGUAGCGAUCAUCAAUGUGGUGCGAGUGGUCAAUCUUUUCCUGGUGCUUCCGCUUAUCUCCAUGUUCUUCCGAACUCCGUGCGUGGAGGAUGGAACCAUUCGCGGCUCGGACAUGCUGGACAUUGUUCUAAUCCGCACAUCUAUAAUAUUCGAUAUACUAGGCUACGUUGGCUAUGCUCUGUCCAAAACGCCAUCGGUCAUGAUAAUGUCUGGUGUCGUCGCCUCGCUAGGUGGCAUGGGAUCUGCAAUCCUGCAGUCAUCCCUGACCAAACAUGUGCCUCAUGAACGCAUUGGACAGAUGCUCGGUGCCACUGGUCUUUUACAUGCUCUUGCUCGAGUUGUUGCACCUACCGUCUUUAAUUUAAUCUACAGUCUGACUGUUGCAACACUACCUCAGACAGUGUUUGUGGCACUUGCAGCUGUUUUUGGUGUGGCAUUCCUCAUGAGUCUGCUAAUCAGGUCGCAUGUUACUCUAGAGAGUGGACCUCCUGUCGAUAUAGGAGCGGAAGAAGAUGCAGAUGAGCAUGACCAGCUUUUGCUAUGA